GUUGAAGGUUGUGGCAUUACCUUUCAGGAAUCUGUUUAACCUUCUGAAAUAAAAUAAAUAAAUGAAGGCCAUAUUUCCUAUCAUGACUUAAAACUCCUAAUAGAAUAAUUUGCCAGCACGCUUGUGGACUAGUAUAUGGCUGAAGAAGUCAAAAAUCAGUAUUUGACUUUGAAAGGGCUCUGUUGGCCCUAGUCUGUAUUUUACUUGACUUCCUAUGGUUAGAUUGACUGGCGCUUCUCUUAAUGCUGCAUAGGAUUAAUAUUUUUUUUCUUGCAAUAAUAGUAUUUCUUUACAAUGGCCGGCAGAAGAUGAACCUGUUAUGUAUCUUUUCUCAAUAAGCAAUAUAGAUGGAGACUCAGUAAUCACCUGCCAGGGAACUCCACAAAUACAAAUGAAUCCGAAAGUCUUUAUGGUCUUCAUAUGUUAUAUUUAUAAGACUAUCAAUCAUUAUGAUCCAACCUUACCUUUAGCUUCUGUGCUUCCUGCAUAUGACCAUCUUCUUAAUAUGGCUCUCUUCUUUCUGCUUCUUGCUUCUUUUGCGGCUGUAAUUUCUACUAAUGCUCAAACCCACACUAAUAUAUCUUUGGGUUCAUCCCUCACUGCUCAGAAAGAUGACUCUUUCUGGGUUUCUCCAUCUGGUGAUUUUGCUUUUGGAUUCCAACUAGUUGAUAAGAAUGGCUACUUGCUAGCAAUAUGGUUCAACGAGGUCCCUGAAAAAACCAUUGUCUGGUCAGCUAAUAGAAACAAUCUAGUUGGAAGAGGAUCCAAAGUUCAACUUACCACAGAUGGUCGACUGGUCCUCAAUGAUCAAUCAAACAGACAAUUAUGGAGUGCCAAUUCAGCUGCAGAUGGAGUUUCCUAUGCAGCCAUGCUUGAUACUGGAAACUUUGUGCUGGCAGAUAAAGAUUCUAUCACCUUGUGGGAAAGUUUUGAUGAACCAACUGACACAAUUUUACCAACACAGACCAUGGAUCAAGGAGGCGAACUUAUUGCUCGCUACUCAGAAACAAAUUAUUCAGAUGGAAGAUUCAAGUUUAUGCUACAAACUGAUGGGAAUCUUCUACUAUACACCAGAAAAUAUCCAUUGGAUACUUCUAAUGCGGCUUAUUGGUCUACACAGACUUCUAUAGGCAGUGGUUUUCAAGUGAUCUUCAACCAGUCUGGAUAUAUUAUCCUCAUCGCAAGAAAUGGAAGCAUUCUUAAUGAUGUAUUUUCUAAUGAAGCAUCAACGAGAGACUUCUAUCAGAGGGCAACCAUAGACCAUGAUGGAGUUUUUAGGCAUUAUGUCUACCCAAAGAAUGCCACUUCAAGUGCUGGAAAGUGGCCAUUGGCUUGGACGGUUUUGUCUUUUAUUCCAGGAAAUAUUUGCAUGAGAAUUGGGGGGGAGACAGGUAGUGGGGCUUGUGGCUUCAACAGCUAUUGCAGAUUAGGAGACGAUCAAAGACCAAAUUGCCAGUGCCCGCCUGGUCACACUUUGUUGGAUCCAAAUGAUGAGAGUAAGGGGUGCAAGCAGAACUUUGUAGCGCAAAAUUGUGAUGCAGAAUCACAGGAAACAGAUUCUUUUGAUCUCAUGGAGAUGCCUAACACGGAUUGGCCACUUUCUGAUUAUGAAUAUUUUGAUACAGUGACUGAAGAUUGGUGCAGACAGGCUUGCUUGAGCGAUUGUUACUGUUCGGUUGCCAUUUAUAGAAAUCAAGGAUGUUGGAAGAAGAAAAUCCCUCUCUCAAAUGGGAGGAUGGAUCCAAGCGUAGGAGGAAAGGCCCUAAUAAAAGUGAGGAGAGAUAACUCCACUUCAGGGGCAACUUCAUGUUACAAGAAGAAAGAUCAAUCAACAUUGAUCCUCAUCGGAUCAGUAUUUUUGGGCAGCUCUGUCUUUCUAAAUGUUCUCUUGCUCGUAGCAACCCUUGUGUUCUUUUAUCGCUGGAGUCGACAAAAAUCAAAAAUUGUUCAGCCACACACGCAAGUCAUGCUAGCCAUGAACCCGCGAAGUUUUACUUACAACGAGCUAGAAGUAGCCACAGGAGGCUUCAAGGAAGAACUGGGCAGCGGUGCUUUUGGAACUGUUUACAAAGGGGUUGUUAUAGAAUCUAACAGUACAAAAUUUAUUGCAGUCAAGAAGUUAAAGAAAGUGGUGGCAGAAGGUGAGAAGGAAUUCGAAACAGAAGUGGAUAUAAUAGGCGGAACAAAUCACAAGAAUCUGGCAAAACUUCUAGGAUUCUGCAACGAGGGGCAACAUCGCAUGCUGGUGUACGAAUACAUGAGCAACGGCUGUUUGGCAGACUUUUUAUUUGGUGAUUCAAGACCUAACUGGUAUAAAAGAAUGCAAAUUGCUUUUGGAAUAGCAAGAGGGUUGUCUUACCUCCACGAAGAAUGUAGCUCGCAGAUCAUACAUUGCGAUAUCAAGCCACAAAACGUCCUUCUAGACGAAAGUCUAACAGCAAGAAUUUCUGACUUUGGACUAGCCAAGCUUUUGAAGACAGACCAGUCUCAAACUAUGACUGCAAUCAGAGGAACCAAAGGGUAUGUAGCCCCUGAAUGGUUCAGAAAUAUGCCUAUUACAUCCAAAGUAGAUGUAUAUAGCUUUGGGAUUUUGCUGCUAGAGCUAAUUUGCUGCAAAAGAAGUGUUGAGAAGGAUACUAAAGAAAGAUAUCCGAUAAUACUUGCUGACAGGGCAUACGAUCGCUAUAAAGAAGGGAGUGUGAAUUUAUUGGUGGAAGACGAUGAGGAGGCGACGGAUGAUGUCAAAAGAGUAGAAAGGUUUGUAAUGGUGGCAAUGUGGUGCAUUCAGGAUGAUCCAUCCUUACGUCCUGCAAUGAAGAAAGUGAUUCAUAUGCUUGAAGGAGCUGUUCAGGUCGCUAUUCCUCCAGACCCAGACUCAUUUAUCAGUACUAAUUUGUAGUGUGAGGGCCUAUGAAAUAAAAUAGUAGAUAACAACAACCAACCAAUGGUUUGCUUGAAAUUAUGUAGUAACUAGUAUAUGAUCUCCGAAAACUCUAAUAAAAUACUAUUUACUUCAA